UCUCUGAUAUUUGGCCACUAAUUUUAGCAAUCUUUGAACAUCAACAAAGCGCGGUUAAUUGAAAUUUGAAAGUGUUGUGUGUUCCGUGUGUUGUUCACGACUUUUGGAGGUUAUUUUUGCUGAAAUGCGUCGUAACUACUUUUGAAUUACAUCUUCGCUGUAGUACGUACGUUAUCUAAGAAUCCUGCACUAUCUACCAAUAAAGAAAUUAGUGAAAGUGUUUUCCGAAAUGAAGUGUCUGUGUUGUCAAACUUGCAGCAAGUAAUGAGCGAAUUCAUCAUCGUUCAAGUUGGCCAAUGUGGUAAUCAGAUAGGAAACGAAUUCUGGCCACUUGUUCUUCAGGAACAUGGUAUCCAUUGGAAGAAUCAGAAAAUUUCCACACAGAAGCUACAGAAAUCUAAGCAAAUGGAACUAUCAAAAGCACUCCACAGUUUCUUCUCCGUACCCAAAUCUUCAACAGAAUCCACGUACAAAACUGUGGCUGACUUGGAGAGAGGAAAGGUAAAAGCAAGGGCUUUAUGCAUUGACAUGGAAGACAGUGUUGUAGCUAAUUACAGAAAUGGGCCAUUGUGCAACAUAUUUGAUAAAGCCUGCUUACUGACAAAUUAUCCUGGCUCGGGAAAUAAUUGGGCUGAAGGAAACUUGUCUCAUGGUAGAAGAUACGCAAGCAAGAUAGAAAACUUGCUUCGGAAGUCAGCAGAAUCUUGCGAUCAGUUGCAUGGUUUCUUGCUCCUUUUCUCAGUUGGAGGUGGCACAGGCUCUGGUCUGGGAUCUUCUCUGCUGCCAUUAUUAUCAGACAUUUUUCCAGAUGUACACAGGUUGGUGACAUGUGUUUAUCCUGCUGGCAAUGAUGAUGUUAUAACAGCUCCUUAUAAUGCUGCUCUAGCCACACAACAAUUGACAGAUCAUGCCGACUGUGUCUUUCCAGUUGGAAAUAAGGCACUGAUUGAUAUAUGCAGCCGCAUGCGCAGAAGUCGAGAUGAGGAAGUGGUUCGUCGAAUUGUCAGAUCCAAACCAUUUCAGGAUAUGAAUCAUAUCAUUGUUCAUAUGCUUCUCAAUUUAACAAGUGGAGCUAGAUUUCCUGGGACUCUCAAUGUAGAUAUGGGUGACAUUCCAACUAAUAUGGUGCCAUUCCCAGGACUGCAUUAUAUUUCCAGUGCUAUUAGUCCCCUGGGGGCACUGUUGAGGAAAGAAGAACUUUUUCCUGCUGUUUGGUCAAGGGACAACCAAUUAAUUAAUGUUGAUCCUGUGUCAGGAGUUACUAUGGCAUCUCUUCUUGUUGCCAGAGGAGCUGUGUCUCUUGUUGAAAUGCGCUCAAAUAUUGACAGGUAUCAGAAGAAGAUUAAAGUUGCCCCAUGGAGUGAGGAUGCAAUUAAAACUGGUCUUUGUUCUGUCCCUCCAGCUUAUUGCCCUUCAUCAGUUUUGGGACUUUAUAACACAUCAUCAAUGACUGAUCUUUUUGAGAACGUAUUAACACAGUUUAAAAAACUCUAUAGCCGAAAGAUCCCAGAUUUAAUAAAGGCAAAUGGCCCAAAUCUUUUAGAUAAAAUACAGAAAUUACUUAAUGAGCUGGAGCAAGAGGAGAAUGACAGCAACUUUUAUGACCCGACAAGUGAAGAUGAACCCAAUAACAUUGAAGAGGAUGAUAUUGACCUUACAGAUGGUGAGAGUGAAGAUCGCCAAAUUACAGUCAUUGGUGCAGACCUUCCAAAUUCUGGCAAAAAAUGGAGCGAUACUCUGUUCCGAUCAAGAAAACGAUCCAGGAUUGUUUCUUCAUCUUUCGGUGGCUAGGACUACAUCAUUUGGACUCAAAAGAUCUCUCUGCAGGGUAAGGAUGGACGUCGCUGGUCAUCUUCAGCUCCUAAAAACAAGACAGUGCCUACACCUCAAAAAAAAUAUUAUCCAUCAUAUUCAGUCCCCUAUUAGUGGUGCUAGAAAUGCUGCUACACCGUUAGAAAUAUUUUCUUUAUUUGUCACAGAUGACAUGUUACAAUUAAUAGUAAAUCACAUGAAUAAAGAGGUAAUGAGGAAAAAAUCAAAAUCCAAAGAGCACUCAAGAGUACAACUUCCACUGAAGAAUUAAAAACUUUAAGUGGUAUCCUGAUCUUGACAUCAGCUUUGAAGAAUAACCAUUUAUCAACUUGUGAAUUAUUUGACAGUAAUUCAUGUAGCCCUAGAUACAAAGCAGCCAUGUGUUUCAAGUGAUUUGAGUUUUUAAUUUCUUGUCUGAGGUUUGAUGGUAAAGGAAUUAUGGGAUGAAUUUGUUAUCAAUUACUGUAUCUAUUACAGACCGGGCUCAUUCAUUACAGUGGGUGCACAACUCCUUGCAUUUUGUGGUAGAUGUCCAUUUCAUAUGUUCAUAGCCAACAAGCCUGCUAAAUAGGGGAUUAAAAUUGUCAUGGCGUGUGAUGCAGGAACAAAAUAUAUGGUCGAUGCUUCCCCAUAUCCCGGCAAAGCACAGAUACUGAAGGUCUGAGAAUACUAAGUGAAGGGGCUCUCAAAAACAAUGAGAGGAUCUAACUGAAAUGUUACAGUUGAUAACUGGUUCACAUCUAUCAAGUUAGCCGAUGAUCUGCUUAAGAAGAAACUUGCUCUCGUUGGUACUUUGAGACACAAUAAGCAAGAAAUACCUCCAGAAUUACUUAUAACCAAGAAGAUAGAGAUAGGAACAUCUAUGUUCAUCUUUUACAAGGAAAUGACUCUUGUCUCUCAUAAAUCUAAGGCAAAUAAAAUAGUCCUUCUGUUAACAAUGACGCACGACCAAGCUGAAAUAGAUGAAGUAACUAAUAAAUGUAAGGUGAUUCAUUGCUACAACACAAAAGGUGGCGUUGAUUCAUUAGCCCAGAUGUCGUGCAACAUUUCUUGCAGCCGGAAGACUAAAUGCUGGCCUUUGUGUGUCUUUUACGGAAUUUUGAACAUUAGGUGCAGGUAAGUCACGUUCACAACACCACCCGUGAGAAGGAGAAUGUCCUAAAGAGGAAAAACUUUGUAAUACGACUGAGUGAAGAGCUACUCUCACCAUGGAUGCAAAGCAGGCUACACAUACCAGGAGUAUCAAAUGACCUCCGCCUCGCUAUACAUUCUGUCCUUGGAAUUGAACACCAUCGUGAGGACAUUGGUGGAAAUGCUGGAAUAUCAUCUGCCCUGAGGAGAACUAUCUGCCACAUAUGUCCAUCGAAAAAGAGAAGAAUGACAACAACGUUUUGUGCUGUUUGUCGUAAGGCUUUUGCAAAGAGCAUUGAGCACAAUUAUACACUAAUUGUUCGAAAUAAAUGUUGUUAUUGUUGUCAAAAACUAUUGU